AUGACAACCAACCCAAGAACAUUGGUAAAUGCCGCUUCAGGAGGCUCAUUGAAAACAAAAACUCCUGAGGAAGCACUUGAAUUGUUGGAAUCACUAGCAUCUCAAGAAUUUGACAAUGCUCCUGCUCCAGUUGCACCAAGAAGAUCAGGGAUCAUGAAGCUUGAAGGCUAUGAUGAGGCUUAUGCAACUGAGGAUUGUGAAUACAUCAGAAACACAGAAAAGCAACCAGCGGAGGUCAAUGCACUCUGGUAUGAUCAAAAGAACUCGAACAAUCCAGGAAGGAAUCAAUAUGGUAAUCAAGGGUGGAAGAAUAAUAAUCAACACCCUGGGUUGAGUUACAAGUCAAACUACCAGCUGAAUCCUCCUAUGCCAUUGCAACAACAACCUCAAGGCACUACAUCAGAAUGGGAGAAGGCUUUUGCACAGCUAUCCAAAACAACAUCCGACUACAUUCAAAAUGCAGAUGCCUUCAGAGAUGAAACAAGAGCUUGCUUCCGGAAUCAAGAAGCUUCGACCCGGAACUUGGAGACUCAAAUUGGUCAGCUGUCAAGGCAGUUCACUGAAAGAACUCAGGGCACCUUUCCAAGUAACAUCGACACGAACCCAAAGCCUGUGGAAAAACCACCAGUUGAAAAGAAGAAAGAAGCUGAACCUGAAGCUGAGAAAGAGAAAGAAGAAGAUGCAAUAGAAGCAGAGAAGAGCAUUCCAGAGAGGAAGCUGUUCAAAUGGGAGAAAAAGAAAGCUUUGGACAGACAACCAAAAGCAGUAGAUCCGUCUCCUUAUGCAAAAGUUCCAUACCCUCAGCGGUUGAAACAAGAAGUCCAGAAACAACAAUACACCAAAUUUCUGGACAUCUUCAAGAAGCUGCAAGUCAACAUACCUUUCGCAGAAGCCCUGGAAAGCAUGUCGAACUAUGCGAAGUUCAUGAAAGACCUUCUAUCAAAGAAACGCAAGUUGAAGGAAUGCGAAACAGUGGCCUUGACAGAGGAGUGUAGUGCAAUCAUCCAGAAGAAACUUUCUCCCAAGCUGAAGGAUCCGGGCAGCUUCAGUAUUCCUAUUGAAAUAGGAAACAUUGAAGUUGGAAAAGCAUUAUGUGAUCUAGGAGCAAGUAUCAACCUGAUGCCACUGUCCAUGUGCAGAGCUCUUGGAAUCAAAGAGCUCAAGCCGACUACAGUUUCUCUCCAGUUAGCUGACAGAUCGAUCAGACGACCAGAUGGGGUAAUUGAAGAUGUUUUAGUUAAAAUUGACAAAUUUAUCUUCCCUGCAGAUUUUUUAGUUCUGAAUAUGGAAGAAGACACCGAAAUUCCCCUAUUACUUGGAAGGCCAUUCUUAGCCACAAGGGCAAUGAUUGAUGUGGAGCAAGGAAAACUGAUGCUGAGGGUGAACGAAGAAACAGUCACCAUUGACAUCUUCGAGUCAAUGAAACAUCCGACAGACGGAGAAGACUGUUUUAUGAUAGACAUAAUACAAGAAGCAAUUGAUGAUGCUAUGAAAGAGGAGAAUUCCCCGCUUGAGUUAGAACAAAUCAACGAAGAAGUUGAAAUAACUGAUAAAGAACUAGUGGUGGAAUAA